AUGGCGACAGAACGUGAACAAUUUCAUAAAAUUUUAGUCUCACUAUUAAGCAUAGAUAACAAUGUCAGGACCCAAGCCGAAGAAACGUAUCAUGCCAUUCCUCUCGAGAACAGAGUUAUGUUUUUACUCAAUGCAAUUCCCGAUGCCAGUCUUCAGCAAGAAGAAAGGAUGAUGGCAGCUGUUUUACUCAGGAGAGUGUUUUCGAAUGACUUCAGUGAAAUGUACCCAACACUUUCACCAGAAAAUCAACAGCAGUUAAAAGAUAGUGUGUUGAUGCUGGUUCAAAAUGAAGAAAGUGAGGCUAUAAGCAAAAAACUGUGUGAUGUAGUCGCUGAACUAGCACGAAAUUUAGUUGACGAUGACGGUAACAACGGCUGGCAGGAAUUCUUACUUUUCCUGUUUUCUGCAGCCAAUUCAGAGUCUCCUCGAAUGAAAGAAGCUGCUCUUAGAAUAUUUGCGCAAGUACCAGGAGUGUUCGGUAAUCAGCAACCCAAUUACCUUGAUGUGAUUAAGCAGAUGUUAAACCAGUCACUUUGCGAUGGAACAUAUGAAGUUCGGUUCCAAGCUGUGAGAGCCCUCUGUGCGUUUAUCAGCUUGCAUGAAGAAGCACAAGACAUUCAAAAGUUUUUCACAGACCUUCUGCCAGUUGCAAUUCAUGUAAUUGCAGAGUCAUGUGAGAAAGAAGAUGACGACACACUGCUUAAAGCUUUAGUUGAUCUUUGCGAGACUGUUCCCAAAUUCUUGCGUCCGCAGUUAGAAGCUGUGGUGCAAUUGUGCAUCAAAGUGUUCUCCGAUGAAAACAGGCAAAAUGAGUUUAGACACUUGGCUCUGGAAAUAUUUGUAACUCUAAGCGAAACAGCUCCAGCCAUGAUGCGGAAAGUAGGAGGCAAGUACAUUCCCAUUGUUGUGCCACAAAUUUUGAAAAUGAUGACUGAAAUUGAGGAUGAUGCCGAGUGGACUCUUCAAGAUGAGAUAGCUGAUGAUGAUGCUGAUGAGAAUAAUGUGAUUGCUGAAUCAGCGUUAGACCGAUUAGCUUGUGGACUUGGCGGUAAAACAAUGCUUCCUCACAUUGUAGAGAAUAUCCCUACCAUGCUGGCAAAUCCAGACUGGAAGUACAGACACGCCGCUCUAAUGGCAGUUUCAGCUGUAGGAGAAGGAUGUUACAAACAAAUGGAAGCCAUGUUACCACAAAUUAUGGAAGGCAUUUUGCGGUUCCUGGCAGAUGAGCAUCCACGAGUGCGCUAUGCAGCAUGCAAUGCAAUUGGUCAAAUGUCAACUGAUUUUGGACCCAAUUUUCAAAAGAAAUUCCACGACAAGGUCAUUCCAGCUCUUCUCAUGAUCUUAGAUGAUGAGGAUAAUCCUAGAGUGCAAGCACAUGGAGGUGCUGCUCUUGUAAAUUUCUGCGAAGAGUGCCCAAAAAGAAUCCUAGCCGAUUAUCUGGAUGGAGUGAUGGCCAAACUAGAGUCUGUGCUCCAAGCUAAACUGAAGCAACUGAUGGAAAAAGGAACCAAACUAGUAUUGGAGCAGGUAGUCACAACAAUUGCCUCUGUAGCAGAUGCGGCCGAGGACCAGUUUGUUAAGUUUUACGAUAGGUUGAUGCCGUGUCUCAAGUACAUCAUUCAAAAUGCCAACUCGCCAGAAUUGAGAAUGUUGAGAGGAAAGGCAAUUGAGUGUGUGAGUUUAAUUGGAUUUGCUGUCGGAGCUGAUAAGUUCGUCCCAGAUUGCAGUGAUAUUAUGGACAUGCUUUUGAAAACACAAUCCGAAAGUAAUGAGCCUCUGCCGGAUGAUGACCCACAGACAUCCUACCUCAUUUCAGCAUGGGCGAGAAUCUGCAAAAUUCUUGGCAAAAGAUUUGAGCAGUACCUACCGUUAGUCAUUGGGCCAGUCAUGAAGACUGCUGGUAUAAAACCUGAAGUCGUACUUGUGGAUAACGAAGCUAUGGAAGAUAUUGGCAAUGAUGUUGACUGGCAGUUCGUCUCCCUCGGUGAACAAAAAAACUUUGGUAUCCGAACAGCUGGUUUGGAGGACAAAGCUGCCGCCUGUGAAAUGCUGGUUUGUUACGCUCGUGAAUUGAAAGAAGGUUUUGCACCAUAUACUGAGGAAGUUGUCAAAUUGCUUGUUCCUCUUCUCAAGUUCUGUUUCCAUGAUGGUGUGCGAACAGCAGCAGCCAUUAGUUUACCCUAUCUCUUAGAAUGCGCUCAACUGAAUGGCGCAGAAUAUUUGAAAGGUAUGUGGAACUUCAUCUGUCCAGAACUUUUGCGAGCCAUCGAAACUGAAUCAGAGCCAGAUGUCCUACUUGAGUUGAUGGAUUCAAUGGCUAAGUGUGUAGAAUUCCUAGGAUCCGGUUGUUUGACGGAAGAAUGGAUGACAAGUCUUCUUAGUUUUAUCAACAGGACCAUGUCUGAACAUUUCCAGAACGAAGUUGACCGAUUGGAGAAAAGGAAGGAUGAAGAUUAUGAUGAGGUUGUAGAAGAAGAAUUAGAAGACGAAAAUAGUGAAGACAGUUUCAAAUUAGCCAAAGUGGCAGACAUAAUCCAUGCUCUCUUCGUGUCGUACAAGACUGACUUUUUCCCCUACUUCGACCAGAUUAUCCAUCACUUCAUCAAAAUGUUGGAGCCCAACCACUCAUGGGCCGAUCACCAGUGGGCUAUGUGUAUCUUCGAUGAUGUAAUCGAGUCAGGCGGACCAGCAUGCAUCAAGUACCAACAGUACUUCCUCGGACCCAUGACGACCUAUAUCAGAGACAAAGUUCCGCAAGUGCGACAGACUGCAAUCUAUGGGUGUGGAGUUUUAGCCAUGUUUGGAGGACCUACUUUUGCCAGUACUUGUGCAGAGGUCCUUCCGGUCUUAAUAUCCAUUAUCAAUGAUCCAAGUGCAAAAACUGAAGAAAACUUAGCUGUUACUGAGAAUGCUGUCUCGGCUAUCACAAAAAUCCUCAAAUACAACAGCGCAAAUGUUAAUGUAGAUGAAAUCCUCCCAAUCUGGUUCACAUGGCUCCCGAUUUGGGAAGACACAGCAGAGGUCCCCCACGUCAUGGGUUAUUUGUGUGAUCUAAUUGCAGCAAACCAUCCUACCAUCUUAGGCGCAAACCAUGCAAACCUACCCAGAAUUCUAAGUAUAUUUGCAGAAACAUUCAUGAAGGAAGCCAUAGAAACAGACACAGAAGUAGCCAAACGAAUGAUUGAGAUUGUGAAGCAGUGCUUGCAAGGCCAAACAGAAAUUGCACAGAUGUGCAUCAGUCAGCUCUCCCAAGAGCACCAACUAACGCUCCAUAAUUUACUACAGAGCAACUGAUUUCCUACCCUGGCGUAACUUCAAAUUUCAUUCUUUCGAAAUUCUAGUUUUAUUGCCUCGAUUUGCAGUGUACGAUGUCUUGUAUAUGUUUGUACAUAAGUUAAUAAGCAGUGAGGUGUUUUCAACUCGGUGAAAAAGAGUACACAAUCAAAGUGGGUCACCUGUAAUGAACUCGAUAUCUUAGCUAAUCCAUCAACCAGAUGAUUAGUAGUCCUGUUUAUAGCUAUUGUGUAAUAUUUCUAGGAUAAAUCCCAGUUCUCAAAACCGAAUCAUUUAAUCAAUUUCAAUCUGAUUUAUUUGUCAAAGUUUCUGAUGCCCUCGUCCUCUUUACAUAUACUAUUUUUUUUUUAGAUAAAACCAGUUUGGCGCAUAAUGACCUGUUGGUGGCGCUUAUGGUUCAGACAAUUGAACGUAAGGUGAACCACUGCAUUUAUCGUGGUUCCUUCUGAGGUUGAAAUCUUAUCCAAUAGACUUCUGAAAAUUAUUUUUAUCAACCUAAUCAGUCAGAGGUGAUAACAGGAGAUGCCCAAUGAAAUUUUCUUUUGAGUUCCGGAUUAGGCACUUCCGGUGUCAAAACCACAUACACUUCAAUUAUUUUCUCUUUUUUCUCUGUGUACAUGCUUAUUAGUAUCUCAGUUCUAUUGUAAUAUUACAGUUAAAGUAAGGCCAAAUAACUGUGAUUGUUGAUCUGUUUUCGUAUUGAUUUCUGCUCGAAUCAUCAGUGAAGCUGUGUUUGCUAGAAGGAGUUGUAACGGAUGUUUUAUUUAAAACUAGUAACAUUAAUUUUCCCUCUAUGGGAGGUGUAAAUCUUUUGUUGUUAUCUUUAUGUUUAGGGAACUAGUAGUAGCUGUUUUAGUAUGAUCAUUCAAUGUCUUGUGCAAGCAUUAUGUCUUUUUUGGGAUAUGCAUCUUAUCUCAGCUUAGCUCAACAUUUUUUUGUUGGUCUGAAGAUUUCAGUGAAUUUGACUUUAAAUCUGAACUCUGUGAGACCCCAGGCCCUCUGUGAUAAAAUGUAAAAAAUUCAUAGUCUCCUUGAAAUGAUACGCUCCAGGGCACAAUUGUGGUUCAACUGGUAUUCAAUAUUUUGCAGUGAUGAAGUGAAAAGUUUGGGCGAAUUGUGAUUUUUAUGCCGAAAAAGGUAACAGUCCUGUGCAGGGGUCUGUAGAAUUAUUUUUACAAAAACAGUAAUUAAAUUCAAAGAAAUCGAAACAGGUUUGCUGACAAAAAAGCAGCACAUUGAAUUCAAUACAUUUUUUGGUCAAAUCCUGUUUUUAUUCUGUUAAUUGUUUUACGUUUUCUUUGCCAGUGAACAUCAUAAAAAUUCAAGUGCAGGGACUUAGCUUUUUUCUUACUUAAAUUUCAGGGUUCUCCCCAGAAGUUUCAACUUGUGACAACAUGUAUUUUAUGUCAAGACCACAGGAAGCCCCUGGGGUCAAUAUCUCUAAGUCAGUUUUUUCAAAAUGGAUGCAAGGUAAAUAGUGGUAACUAAACACAAGAUGCAAGGCUGAUGCAAGCAAAAAGAGAAUUUUUCACCAAAGAAAACUUCAAAUAUAUUUAUACACAUUUUGCGCUAUUAUAAAAGUGAUGAAGCUGCUAUCUGCUUGUUAUCGAAAUUGAUGUGUGCUUUUUUUUUGAAGUAGCACGAAUGAUGCACUCAGGACCAUAAACUCAUAUAGAAACGCUAUCAUAAGCUCUCUUUUCUCCUGAGAAAAUUGUAUUUGACUUUCAAUUCAGCUUAACCCAAACAUCACAAUGGAAUGAUCAAUUUAUGCUGUAUCGGCUGCUGUGCUUUUUUUAAUUGCAAAUGAUUCAAUGCAGAUGCAAAAAUACGAAGAAUCGAUAUAGUCCAUGUAUGAAAAGAAGUGUGAUGGUGUAACCUGUGCCAGAUUAUCCUGUUUCUAUUUAUUUCUAUUUUCUGGAUCAUGUCCGCCUAUUUGCUUCGGUUUCCUCCCGGUUAUUACUAUAUAUUACCGAAUUUAGCCAGUUAUUUUCAGCCACAUCGGCAUUGACCUCCAGCUGGGUAUGAUGGAAUGUUAUUUCUAUGUCUGACCAGAUGUCGAUUUAAAAAAAAACAUGUAUCAGCUCCUGGAGCUGAUCAUAAAAUUUUAUUUAAAUAAAAAUUUUGAUUUUUGUAAA